UAGAGUAGAGGCAAUACUUAUGGUGUUUAGUGCUGAGUUUAGGUAAUAUUACAGUUUCCUGGUGGAUUUUUUUUUAUGGGGGCUGGUGACCACUUGCUAUGAACAGCACAGAAACAGAAUGAAAGGUGGGAGGCACAGUUAUUCCAGCAGUUCAUGUUUGGGAUGGUUCUUUUCAAAGUGUUGCUGCUGUUUUCCAUGCAAAGAUGCAUAUUCAGUCUCAUCCAAUGAAAAUGGAGGCAAGUCAGAAUCGGUGGCCAACUUGCAGCCUCAGUCAUCCCUUAACUCAAUCCAGAGCUCUCCUGGGCCAAAGCGUUCAACCAACACACUGAAAAAAUGGCUGACCAGUCCUGUGCGUCGGCUGAACAGUGGGAAGACUGAGAGUAACAUCAAAAAACAGAAGAAAGUGCGAGAUGGCAGGAAGAGCUUUGACCUUGGUUCACCGAAGCCUGGAGAUGAGACCACUCCUCAAGGGGACAGUGCAGAUGAGAAGAGUAAGAAGGGCUGGGGAGAAGAUGAGCCAGAUGAAGAAUCCCACACACCGCUUCCUCCUCCUAUGAAGAUUUUUGACAAUGACCCUACGCAGGAUGAGAUGUCCUCCUCUUUGCUAGCUGCUCGUCAGAGCUCCUCUGAUGUCCCAACUGCUGCGGAUCUUGUCAGUGCAAUAGAAAAGUUGGUCAAAAGUAAGCUGACCCUAGAAGGAGGAACUUAUCGAGGAAGCUUAAAAGAUGGCACUGGGUGUUUAAAUGAAGGGAUGACGCCUUCAACUCCCCCAAGAAACCUUGAAGAGGAACAAAAAGCCAAAGCAAUGAGAGGCAGGAUGUUUGUCUUAAAUGAGCUGGUGCAGACUGAGAAAGACUACGUCAAAGACUUGGGAAUCGUGGUAGAGGGCUUCAUGAAGAGAAUAGAAGAAAAAGGGGUUACUGAAGAUAUGAAAGGGAAAGACAAGAUUGUAUUUGGCAAUAUCCACCAGAUUUAUGACUGGCACAAGGAUUUUUUCCUGGCUGAACUGGAAAAAUGUCUCCAGGAACAUGACCGUUUAGCACAGCUUUUUAUCAAACAUGAGAGGAGAUUGCAUAUGUAUGUGGUGUACUGUCAAAAUAAACCACGAUCAGAAUACGUAGUAGCUGAAUAUGAUGCCUACUUUGAGGAGGUACAACAAGAAAUAAACCAACGGUUAACCCUCAGUGACUUCUUAAUCAAACCUAUUCAAAGAAUAACCAAGUACCAGCUUCUACUCAAGGACUUCCUGAGAUACAGUGAGAAAGCUGGGCUGGAAUGCUCUGAUAUAGAGAAAGCAGUUGAAUUAAUGUGCCUUGUACCAAAACGUUGCAAUGAUAUGAUGAACCUGGGCCGUCUUCAGGGCUUUGAGGGCAAGCUGACUGCUCAAGGAAAGCUGCUGCAGCAGGAUACGUUCUAUGUAACUGAGCAGGAUUCUGGAGGGCUGUCUCGGCCAAAGGAGCGCAGGGUCUUCCUCUUUGAGCAAAUAGUCAUCUUUAGUGAACUUCUUAGGAAAGGCUCUUUAACACCAGGCUACAUGUUUAAGAGAAGUAUAAAGAUGAACUAUCUAAUCAUUGAAGAAAUAGUGGAUGAUGAUCCCUGUAAAUUUGCUCUUAUGAGCCGGGAAACUUCAGAACGAGUCAUUUUACAGGCUGCCAAUCCUGAAAUUCAGCAAGCUUGGAUACAGGACAUCAAUCAGGUUCUGGACACACAGAGAGACUUCCUAAAUGCACUACAGUCGCCCAUAGAGUAUCAACGCAAAGAGAGUACCUCUGCAGUAAUGAGGCCACAAGCUAGUAGGGUGUCUCAGCCCAACAGCAGACCUUAUUCUUCUGUUCCAGUAGGGUCUGAGAAGCCUUCAAAGGCUACAAGCCGUAACCCAUCUCUGCCACCCCUGAAGAUAUCUACCUCCAAUGGCAGUGCAGGGUAUGAACACCACCAGCCUGGGGACAAAUAUGAACAAAGCAAGAGUGACUUGGGAGGGUGCAAUGGGACCUCUUCCAUGGUGGUAAUCAAAGAUUACUAUGCACUGAAGGAGAAUGAGAUCUGCGUGAAUCAGGGCGAGGUGGUUCAAAUCCUUGCCAUCAACCAGCAAAAUAUGUUCCUGGUGUACCAGCCUGCGAACGACCACUCCCCAGCUGCUGAAGGAUGGAUUCCAGGCAAUAUCUUGGCUCCCCUCACUAAAUCCACUACAGAUAAUAGCGACGGAAGCAUCAAGAAGUCAUGUUCAUGGCAUACCCUGCGCAUGAGAAAGCGGGCGGAAAAGGAGAGCAGUGGCAAAAAUGAAUCCAAUGGGCCACGUAAAUCCAAGGAUAUUCUGGGCAACAAAGUCUCUGUUAAAGAGACCAACAGCUCCGAGGAAUCAGAGUGUGAUGACCUUGACCCCAAUACUAGCAUGGAGAUAAUGAACCCAAAUUUCAUCCAAGAAGUGGCUCCAGAGUUCCUUGUGCCAUUAGUGGAUAUCACCUGUUUGCUUGGUGACACAGUGAUGCUUCAGUGCAAAGUCUGUGGACGGCCAAAGCCCAACAUAACCUGGAAGGGACCAGAUCAAAAUAUUCUCGACAAUGAGAACAGCACAGCCACUUAUACCGUUUCAUCCUGUGAUUCUGGGGAAAUCACCCUGAAGAUUUGUAACCUGAUGCCUCAGGACAGUGGUAUUUACACCUGUGUGGCAACAAAUGAACAUGGAACAGCCUCGACUUCGGCUACAGUCAAAGUGCAAGGUGUUCCAGCCGCCCCAAACCGUCCCAUUGCUCAGGAAAGAAGCUGCACUUCAGUGAUCCUUCGCUGGCUGCCCCCAUCCAGUACUGGCAAUUGCACCAUUUCAGGCUACACCGUAGAGUACAGAGAAGAAGGAUCCCAGGUCUGGCAGCAGUCAGUAGCCUCCACUUUGGAUACCUAUCUCGUCAUUGAAGAUCUCACUCCAGGCUGUCGAUAUCAGUUCAGAGUCAGUGCCAGCAAUCCCUGGGGAAUUAGUUUACCUAGUGAGCCCUCAGAAUUUGUGAGCCUCCCUGAGUAUGAUGCUGCCGCUGAUGGUGCCACUGUUUCAUGGAAAGAAAACUUUGACUUUGCUUAUAUGGAAUUGCAUGAGAUUGGGAGGGGUCGAUUCUCCACAGUAAAGAAAUGUAUUCACAAAGCCACCAGGAAGGACGUUGCUGUGAAAUUCAUUAGUAAAAAAAUGAAAAAGAAAGAGCAGGUGGCGCACGAAGCAGCUUUGUUACAGCACUUGCAGCAUCCUCAGUACAUAACUAUCCACGAUACCUAUGAGUCGCCCACGUCUUAUAUCUUAGUUUUAGAGCUUAUGGAUGACGGCCGUCUCUUGGAUUAUCUUAUGAAUCAUGAUGAACUGAUGGAGGAAAAAGUAGCUUUCUACAUAAGAGACACAAUGGAAGCCUUACAAUAUCUUCACAAUUGCAGAGUGGCUCAUUUAGAUAUAAAGCCAGAAAAUCUGCUCAUUGACUUAAGGAUCCCAGUGCCUCGUGUCAAGCUUAUAGACUUGGAAGAUGCAGUUCAGAUCACGGGUCAUUACCAUGUUCAUCAGCUGCUUGGAAACCCUGAGUUUGCAGCUCCUGAAGUUAUCCAAGGUGCCCCUGUCUCACUGGGCACAGACAUCUGGAGUAUUGGGGUCCUCACCUAUGUCAUGUUAAGUGGUGUCUCUCCAUUCCUGGAUGAAAGCAAAGAGGAGACAUGUAUAAACGUGUGCAGAGUGGAUUUCAGCUUUCCUCAUGAGUAUUUCUGUGAUGUGAGUCAUGCAGCCAGAGACUUCAUCAACGUUAUCCUCCAGGAAGACUUCAGGAGGAGGCCAACAGCAGCCACUUGUUUACAGCAUCCUUGGCUGCAACCUCACAAUGGCAGCUAUUCCAAAAUCCCACUGGAUACCUCCCGUCUGGCUUGCUUCAUUGAGCGCCGCAGACACCAGUAUGAUGUGCAUCCAGUUCCCAACGUCAAGAGCUUCAUAAUGAGCAGGAUGAACCCGGGAACGUGAUGCAACGUAGUCCUGUGAUAUACACAGCUGGGCCUGAGGCAAGGCAUACAGUAUGAACAGACACAAGGUGGAAUCUGUCUGUAUAUAAUUCUGUAUUGAGUAUUACAUACAUUUCAUGUGGUUUCCCAAACUGAGGGAUGUAACUCUUGCUAAUGGUUGCAGUAUCUGUCCAGUUAUUCGGAACCAAAGUUAAUGUAGGUGCUGUUAAGUGGGCGUGCACACCCUCUUGACAAGGCUGUUCUUGGAAAGCAAGCAAUCUUCUGGUUAUAGUGAUGUCCAUAUUAUAAAGAGGGUGUUUAAAAUGGGAACCAAAAUACUGUUGCCUUAGUUUUUUGAAAGGCAACCUUAUAAGACAGCCUCAUGGUCUUGGCAGACUGAUUUGGAAGAGAGUAGUGAUUGGUGGAGUAAAACUAGGUUGACCCUAGGCAGUCAUCAUUUACUACAAAACUGUGUUGGAUUCAGAUUUUGCUGAAAUCAUUGCUAGUCAAGUGCCAGUUACAGGCAGGACUUUGCAAGCCCUUAAUACACGACUCCCAUUGACAUCAAUGGGGACUCAGCCUGCAGAGGGCAUGCAGGAUCAGGCCCUUUUCAUUGUAAUAUCCGCUUUUGUGGUUAACUGAUUUAAAUACAAUGUGGUUUCAGACACUCUCUGGUUACAUGGUAUUGCUCACGCAUACCUCUUCAGUUCAGGAUACCAGUGGGAUUCCAGAGCUUUCUGCUACAUCAAACCAACAUGCAGUAACUUUUAGAGCUAUGGUUAAGGCAGUGAAUUCACUGUGGCAGAAAGCUAUUUUGACUAAGCACAAUGAGACGCUGAUGGUUUUUUAAAACACUUUAUAAACAUUGUACAGAAAUCUUUUCCAAAACCUGUGCACUGAGAAAAGGCUAUGUCGAAUUUUUGCAGUAUCUGUAAUUAGAUGAUGAUGAUUUUUUUUCUAUCACGUUGUUCAAUUUACAUAUGUUGUGUAUAUAUUAAAAGGAUCCUGUUCUAGCUAGCUCUGAAACUGCUCGGCCCAAAGUCCAUCCAAAGCCGAUCAAAGUGCAGUAAGAGUAAUGGGUUCAUCUUUGGGCUUACAGCUUCAAAAUGGUUUUCAGUGUUUAAAAUUGAUUGCUUAUUACACUUCCAGAUUCAUAAAUCUCUCUCCAGGCACUUUUAAGGCCUCCGUCACCCAAGCAUCCGUGAGGCUAUUUUUAUGUCCUAGGCAAUUCAUUGGCUGGCCAAAUCUUCCCCUUUUUAGCUGCAGGACCAGAAGAAGAGGCAACUCACCGCCUAGUGUUUUCCCCCCCCUCCUGCUCCAAUAGCUCGGGGCCCCUACAAAUUGUAAGGCCAGCCCUGUGUGGGGUGGAUCUGAUAAUCAGCAAUGGAGUAUAUUCUUUCCAGGUGCGUGGGUAAGUUUUGUCAGUACUGAGAGCUCUCUGGGUGCCUGGAGUAGGUAAUACCACUGACGUUACCAAGCCAGGUAAUAGUAAACCCUUCAUUCAUGGUGUUGGGAUUUCUUGAGGCAAAGGGCUUGAUUCAAUAACCUGUGCUAUCUAGUCUAUCUUGAGAAAUCACUUAGGGGCAGUAGCAAAAUCCAGCACACCGUCCUAGUGACGGGGCUGUGUCCUGGGAAUAUCCACAGGAGUUGGUUGGUGGGCAGAGAGGAAUUCUCCCCACUGCCAGGUGAUGCAGUCAUUCUACAAGCGCUACAAAAACAGCAAACUGAAUAAUAAUGGGGGAUUUCAGCUAUCCCCAUAUUGACUGGGAACAUGUCACCUCAGGAUGGAAUGCAGAGAUAACAUUUCUAUAUGCCAUUAAUGACUGCUUCUUAGAGCAGCUAGUCCUGGAAGCCCACAAGGAAGAGGGAAUUCUUGAUUUAGUCCUAGGUGGUGCACAGGAUCUGGGCAAAGAGGUGAAGAGAGCUGGAUUGCUUGGUAAUAGCAACCAUAAUCUAAUUCAAUUUAACAUCCUUGGGAGGGGGGGGACUGAAGAAACCCCCCCACACUAGCAUCUAACUUCAAAAAUGGGGAGGCUAAUUAAAUGAAAAUUAAAAGGAACAGUCACAAGAGUGAAAUGCCUGCAAGUUGCAUGGAAACUUUUAAAAACACCAUACUAGAGUCACAACUAUAUGUAUAUCCCAAAUAUAAAAAAGAGGACAAAACCAACAACAACAAAAAAAGGCAAGUUACCAUGGCUAAACAGAGGUAGAUAGGCAGUUAGAGAAAAAUACAUUCUUUAAGAAUUGGAAGUCAAAACCUGAGGAAAACAGAGAGGUGCAUACACUCUGGCAAGUCAAGUGUAAAACUGUAAUAACAAAAGACACAAAAAUUAAUUGCAAAAUUGUUUUUAAAUACACCAGAAGCAGGAAGUUGCCAGACACACAGUGGUGCCUCUGAACAAUCGAGGUGCCAAAGGAGCACUCAGGAAAGACAAGGUCAUUGUCAGGGCCGGCACCAGCGCAGCAAGCAGCUGCUGGGGGCGGCCAACGGAAAGGGGCAACAUGUUCCGCUCUUCGGCGGCAGGUCCCUAGUCCCCCUCCAAGGGAAGGACCUGCCACUGAAUUGCUGCCGAAGAAUGAAGCGGCGACGGUAGAGUCGCCGCCGAAGUGCCGCCAAUUGUGGCUUUUUGUUGGUUUUUUUUUCUGCUUGGGGCAGCAAAAACGCUGGAGCCGGCCCUGGUCAUUGUGGAGAAGCUAAAUGAAUUCUUUAAAUCGGUCUUCACUGCAGAGGAUGCGAGGGAGAUUCCCACAUCUGAGACAUUAUUUUAGGUGGCAAAUCUGUUGAACUGUACCAGAUUGAGGUGUCAGUAGAGGAGGUUUUAGAGCAAAUUGAUGAAUUCAACAGUAAUAAGUCAGCAGGACCAGAUAGUAUUCACCCAAGAAUUCUGAAGGAACUCAAAUAUGAAAGUGCAGAAUAUUAACUUUGGUAUGUAACCUAUCACUUAAAUCAACCUCUGUACCAGAUGCUUGGUGGAUAGCUAAUAUGACGCCAAUUUCUAAAAAAGGAUCCACGGGUGCUCCUGGCAAUUAUAGGCCAGUAAGCCUAACUUCAGUACCAGGUACUGUAAUUGUAGAUUUAUCAGUCACAUAGAUGAACACAAUAUGUUGGGGAAGUGUCAACACUGCUUUUGUAAAGGGAAAUCAUACCUCACCAAUCUAUUAGAAUUCGAUGGCUCGACCAACAUGUGGACAGGGGUGAUCCAAUGGAUAUAGUGUACUUGGACUUUCAGAAAGCCUUUCUUAUGGUUCCUCACCAAAGGCUCUUAUGCUAAGUAAGCAGUCAUGGGAUAAGAGGGAAAGUUCUCUCAUGGAUCAGUAACUAGUUAAAAGAUCGGAAACAAAGGGUAGGAAAAAUGGUCAGUUUUCAUAGUAGAGAGAGGUAAGUAUCCGGUUCACUGAAGGAUCUGUACUAGGACCAGCGCUGUUCAACAUAUUCAUAAAUGAUCUGGAAAUGGGGUAAACAGUGAGGUGGCAAAGUUUGUAGACUAUACAAAAUUACUCAAAAUAGUUAAGUCCAAAGCAGACUGUGAAGAGUUACAAAGGGAUCUCACAAAAGUGGGUGACUGGGCAACAAAAUGGCAGAUGAAAUUCAAUAUUGCUAAAUGAAAAAUAAAGCAUAUUGGAAAACAUAAUCCCAAUUAUACGUACAAAAUGAUGGCAUCUAAAUUAGCUAUUACCUCUCAAGAAAAAGAUCUUGGAAUCAUGCUAGAUAGUUCUCCAAAAACAUCUGGUCAAUGUGCAAAAGCAGUCAAAAAAAGCUAACAGUGUUAGGAACCAUUAGGAAAGGGAUAGACAAUAAGACAGAAAAUAUCAUGUUGCCUCUAUAUAAAUCCAUGGUACACCCACACCUUGAAUACUGUGUACAGUUCUGGCUGCCCCAUCUCAAAAAGGAUAUAUUAGAACUGGAAAAAAUACAGAGAAGGGCAACAAAAAUGAUUAGGGAUACGGAACAGCUUCUAUCUGAGGAGAGAUUAAAAAGACUGUUCAAUUUGGAAAAGAGAGGACUAAGGGGGUAUAUGAUAAGAGGUCUAUAAAAUCAUGAAUGGUGUCGAGAAAGUAAAUAAGGAAGUGUUAUUUAUCCCUUUACACAACACAUGAACCAGGGGUCAUCCAAUGAAAUUAAUAGGCAGCAGGUUUAAAAUGAACAAAAGGAAGAAUUUCUUCACACAAUGCAGCCAACCUGUGGAACUGGUUGUGAAGGCCAAAAGUAUAACUGGGUUCAAAAAAGAAUUAGAUAAAUUCAUAGAGGUUAGGUCCAUCAAUGGCUAUUUGCUCUGGGUGUCCCAGAGCAACCUCUUGACUGUUAGAAGCUGGGAGUGGAUGACAGGGGAUCACUUGAUAAAUUGCCCUGUUAUUUUCACUGCUGCUGAAACAUCCAACACUGGCCACUGUCCGGAAGACAGAAUACUGGGCUAGAUAGGCAAUUGGUCUGAUCCAGUAUGGCCAUUCUUAUGUAAAAUAAUCAAAGCUGUCCACAUCCCACCCCCACACUCUGUCACCUCCAUGUCUUGUUCCUUCUCUUUUCUUUUUCUCGAAUAACGGAUCUUUUUGGCAGGAAUGCUAUUUUGAAGUGCUAAGAGACAAGGUGGGUGAGAGAUCUUUUAUUGGACCAAUCUCUGUUGGUGAAAGAGUUAAGCUUAUGCGGAGCUCUUCUUUAGGUUUGGGAAAGGUCUAUUUUGAAGUGCUGGCAGUUGAAACAAGCUUCAUUUUUCAAGUAAGUAAAUUUGGGGCCAAAUUUUGCCCUUAGUUUCCUGUGGCGUCAGAGGGUUUCACAGGUGUAAUUGAGGGCAUAAUUUGGCCUUUCAUAUGCAAACCAUCAAAAGAGGCUAAAUAUGGAACCCCAGAAUGCUAUUUGUAUGGAUGGUUUGGGACUAUAACUGUACUUUAAUGCCUUUUAAAUUAUCAGAUAAAAAGCAAAUUAUCUAAGAUAUAAUACAAUCUUCAGAGACCAGUUUAGUGACUAGUGCAUACACAGACGUCUGACUGACAAUCACACAGUUGGUUCUGUUUCCAGUCCAUUCCCUAUAGAGGCAGAUUCUUCUCUCACACAGGACUGAUUUAUCAUCCAGUUCAUUCUUUUGUGUUCCAUCAGAAGAUGGGGCUUUUCUGAGGGGAACAAAAUAAAAUCCUGUUUUUACAAGGCUGAUUGCACACUGCCAUCAAGUGAUGAAUUCCUGUUCUGGAAUCUGUAUAUUGAUGAAUGUUACCAUAAUGUCGGGAUUCUGAAUAUUUGCUGUAAUUGUGGUCUUUUAAUAUGAAGCUAGUAAAACAAACAUCUUCUCUGGUCACUUAAGCCAUAUUUCACCUCCAUGUCCAACUUUCAAUGCUGGUGCUUUUACUUCUCUUUCUACCAAACUGUUCAAAACUACUCUGCCAGUGAGGUCAAUAAAACCAGAUAUGCCUUCCACUGAUACCGUAAGGAAGGCAAAUGCACAGACUGUUUUGUUGUUAUUGUUUUUUUAAAAGAAGGAAUUUCACAGCGAGAGUUAGAAUAUACUGAUGCUUUUCAAUCUUUGCAACAAUCAGCUGAAAGAGGAGCAAAAAAGAUUGCUAGGAGCUCAGCAUUUUCAAGGUGCAAACUAAUUCCACAGCCUUAAUUUCAGUGUCCUGCUGGUCUGCCUUAAGUGUAUGUUCUGUUUUAUUAUAAAUUUCAUUUUGUAUACACACAAUGUGGUUUUGUAAAGGUAAGUUUGUAAAUAUUUUAUUUGAAAGUCAAAUCACUUGUGUAACAUUGUAAAGUGAUUAGCUGCUGUCACAUGUUAAUAUUACUAUGCUACAAUAUGUUAUCUACAGAAGCUUCAAAAUGUACAUCUUCUUUCAUUGUGUUACUAUAAAUACAGUAUAUUAAAGAUGCAGUUUCUGGGUUUUUUGAUUAAAGACAAUUGUUCAGAGAAAAUGAGUGAGUUUUAUUUCACAAACUGUGGAGUCUGUAGAGCCUUUAACACUAAAACACAUCAGCUACUUUACUCAAUACACCCGUUCUGCCUGGAUGUCCAAAAGGAACUCAAACAUUGAAGGAAUCACCCCCACAUGUGCUAGGUAUUAUAUAGAGUUGAGCGAACAAUUGCUUUUGUAGUUCAGUAGUCGAAUUGGAAAAUCCCCCCAAAAGUUCAUUUUAGACCAACCCAACAUAGAAGUAGAGGAAGUGAUUCUUGCUGAAAUGAAAAAAAUAAAAACAACAAAAAUGAGGUUGACUCAACAUGUUUUGAUGCAAAAUAAUUUUGGGGGGUUGGGGGCAUUUUACCUUUUUAAAAUAAAUCUAGUCAUUUCAUAAAGGAAACAUUUAAAAAAUCAAAAAUUUUAUUUCAAAUAUAUUGAAAUGACAUGUUUUCACUUUUUUUUUUUCAGCUGAAACUAUUCCCCAAUUUCUACCCCUAUACUGUCAUUCAAUCCAAAACUGCAUUUUUCAGCAAAUAAACUAUUGGUCUCAAAAUUUCACCCAGCUCUUGCCUCGUGCAUGUAAAAUACAGGAUGGAACUGCUUUUUCUUUAUUCGCUUCGAAGUCCAGAGGGUGGAGCGGAUCUCUGGAUGCGACUGUUCAAAGCUGCGCUGCUCUUCAACCAUGCUCUCCCCAUCCAGCGAAAGACUAAGCACUACUUGUAAAGGUCCCAUUGCUCUCCCUGCAGAUAGGAAGAAGAGGAUCUCUGCCAAUGUGGAGAGAGGCCAUCCCACCCACAGGCUAGCCCCCUUGCCAGCCUGAAAAAAGGCUCCUGCCAGCCACUGUGUUGUCAAUGCUUUAGAUUUUAUCAUGAGUCUCGCAACAUUUGAGGAGUUUCUUAAAGCCCCAGCUCCUGGAGUCAGGUGAUUGUGGGGGGACCUCUGCUUUCAUUGAAAGAAACAAGAGACCCUUCUAGCUGCAGAGAGCUGGAGGAGGUGACCCCUGCCCCAAACGC